AUGGCCACCACUAACGAGCUCCCCGCUGUCGAUGUCAACAGCUACGACUAUAUCGUCGUUGGCGGUGGUACCGCCGGCUGUGUGAUUGCCGCACGCCUGGCCGAGUACCUCCCCAACAAGCGGACUCUGGUUAUCGAAGGAGGUCCCAGUGAUUUCAUGGACGAUCGCGUCCUGAACCUGAAGGAGUGGCUCAACUUGCUCGGCGGUGAGCUCGACUAUGACUAUGGCACCACCGAGCAGCCUAUGGGCAACAGCCAUAUCCGCCACUCCCGUGCAAAGGUCCUGGGUGGUUGCUCCAGCCACAACACUCUCAUCUCGUUCCGCCCCUUUGCGUACGAUUGCCAAAACUGGGUGGCCAAGGGCUGCAAGGGCUGGGACUUUGAGACCUUCACCCGCAUCAUUGACAAUCUGCGCAAUACUAUUCAGCCGGUGCACGCUCGCCACCGUAACCAGCUGUGUAAGGACUGGAUCCAGGCUUGCUCUAGUGCCAUGAACAUCCCUGUCAUUGAGAACUUCAACGAUGAAAUCCGUAGCACAGGUGAGCUGACCGAGGGUGUUGGAUUCUUCAACGUCUCCUACAACCCCGAUGAUGGCCGCCGUAGCAGUGCCAGUGUCGCCUACAUCCACCCCAUUCUCCGUGGCGAUGAGAAGCGUCCUAACCUGACUAUCCUCACCAACGCUUGGGUUAACAAGGUCAACGUUGAGGGAGAUUCCGUGACUGGUGUCGAUGUCACCCUGCAGUCUGGUGUCAAGCACACUCUGCGUGCCAAGAAGGAGACCGUUCUGUGCGCAGGAGCUGUCGACACUCCUCGUCUCAUGAUGCUUUCUGGUCUUGGUCCCCGUGAUCACCUGUCCGCUCUCGGGAUUCCCGUUGUGAAAGAUAUUCCCGGUGUCGGUGAGAACUUGCUGGAUCACCCCGAGAGUAUCAUCAUGUGGGAGCUCAACCACCCCGUGGAUCAUACCAUGACCACUAUGGACUCUGACGCCGGUAUUUUCCUCCGUCGCGAGUUGCCCAACGCCGCCGGCUUUGAUGGCAAGAUCGCCGAUGUGAUGAUGCACUGCUAUCAGAUCCCCUUCACCCUCAACACCACUCGUCUCGGCUACGACGAGCCACUGAACGCCUUCUGCAUGACCCCGAACAUCCCGCGCCCCCGCUCCCGGGGUCGUCUCUUCUUGACCUCUGCUGAUCCCUCCGUAAAGCCCUCUCUGGACUUCCGUUAUUUCACCGACCCCGAGGGCUACGACGCCGCCACCAUCGUUGCCGGCCUCAAGGCCGCCCGUGAGAUUGCCAAGCAGUCUCCCUUCAAGGAGUGGAUCAAGCGUGAAGUCGCCCCCGGCCCCAAGCUGCAGACCGACGAGGAGCUGUCUGAGUACGGCCGUCGCGUUGCCCACACUGUGUACCACCCCGCUGGUACCACCAAGAUGGGCGACGUUGCCAGCGACCCAAUGGCAGUUGUAGACCCUAAGCUGAAGAUCCGCGGCUUGAAGGGCGUCCGUAUUGCCGAUGCUGGUGUAUUCCCCGACAUGCCCAGCAUCAACCCCAUGUUGACUGUCCUGACCAUUGGUGAGCGUGCCGCCGAGCUGAUCGCUGGCGAGGCUGGUUGGUCUCGCAACCAACCCCGUCUCUAA